ACAAUGUGUACUUUUGUAAUAUGUAUUAUCAUUCAGCAGAUUUAUUUUGUAAAUCAAGAAGCCAUCACUUGAAACAAGAUAAUUAUGUGCUUAGCAGCUCUUCUGUUAGUAUAAUUUGUUAGUAACCAUAUUGUUUUACCUUUCUGUAAUCACCUUAUUUAUACUUGGUAAUUUGCUUCCUAUAUAUGUAUUCAUUGUAUUACUAGAUGCAAUAUUUCUCUUUCUUUGAGAAUCAGAACACUGAUUAAUUUUAUUAAUGAAAGUAAAGAUUUUACUGUAUCUUCAUAAACUUUAAUACUGGGAAAUGAAUUAAGCUUAUGAUUUUAGGAUUAUGGUCGAGGAACAGGUAAAGACUGCAGAAUACAUGUGCAGAAACUCAACAGAUUAAGAGGAAGCCUUGCAAGAGAAGAAGAAGAGAGAGUCAGCCCUCAGAAUGAUGAUUAUGAAAUACCAGUAUCACGUUGGAAAACAUCAGAUCAAAGUGAUGGUAUAUUUACUCAUAGUGAAUGCCAUGAUGCAAGCAAAGAGGAGAGUGAAGAUAAUGUAGCUGGAACUGCCAUCACAUUAUGUAAUCCAAAAAGCAAAUGGGCAAGUUACAUAGCAAGUGAAGCAGACAACUCAGAUGAAGAUAAUGCAACAGAUACAUCUUCUGACACAUCAUUUGGAUGCAGCCAAAUAAAAUAUGAAGGUUUUGGGACUGGAGUGAGGCAUGCAUCAACUCAAAUUAGAAGUGAAAAAGGAUAUCAGAAGACUUCUCAAGGGCCUGUAAGGGAUCAUGCAAAAAGGACUAAGCUUUCAAAAUGGGAUGAACUGCAGUUCAAUCCUUAUGUAGGAAGCUCUGUUAACAUGAGAAGAAUAGACGUUGAGAUGCUAACUAACAAACCAGGAUUGAUAGAUGGAGAGUCAGAGGGUUUACGUAUUUUAGAUAAUCACUCAUUGAAGCCAGUUGCAGAACAGAGACAAACCAAAAAUCAUGACAACAGCUUUACUUCCAGAGACAUUUUUAAGACAUCAGACACAGGCAACUUGGAAGGUAAAAACCAGUUUGGAGAUAAAACACAUGUGACACUCUGUAAAGGUAUACACAUGAACAGUUGUAAGAGUUCUGAAAUGUAUACUAAAACAAGAACUACAUUUCUAAGUAAAUUUGACAAGUCAUUAGAAAAAAAUUUUGCUCCUAAAAUGUCAGUUUCUCUAACAGGUUGUACAGUUAAGAAAACAUCCAGUGAUACUCUGAAUGGUAAGGCUAAUGCAGCAGACAGUAAACAACCUGUACAUCCUACUUUAUCAGCUCAAGAAAGGCAUCCAGUACACAAAUCAAGUCACUUAAUAUUUGAAGACAAUAAUGUGCAAAAAGAAAUUUUCAAGAGCGUAGAUAAUCUACUACAUGCUAAAGGAAAAUCUUAUACACCUGUGAAUAUAAAAAAAUCUGCUCCAAUAAACAAUCCAUUAACGGGUGGGUUAAUUACUGGAGAGCACUUCUCAAGUAUUUCUCAGAGUUCACAUGGAUCCAGUUCAGUUAUAUCACAAUCUGGUUUAAGCAAUAAAUAUUCUCACAGCAACAGCAAAAUAAGACUUUUUAAUAAUGUGGAACUAUACAGCAAAUAUGAAGCAGCUGAAGACCUUGAGAAUAUGACUAAUUGUGAUCUGUAGUUUUUUACGUUUUAAUUUUUGAGAUGUAAUUGUUAUAUGAAUUAAAACUUUUAUUCUUCAGGAGUAAUUACCAAAUUUUCUUAAUUUGUCAUCGUCUAUACCGUCCUAAUAUUUUUUUUUAUUAUGUUCCACCUGUAAGUCUUUUCAGUUUUUGUGUUUCAAAUAUUGUUUUUCGCAGUUCAUAUAUUCUUGUCAGUUUGGCUCUUCUCUGCAUUACAUGUGUUCUCUAAAUUUCUAAAGACAUAACAAAAUAGCUUUAAUCCAGAUAAAGCAAUGUUCAGCAAUACUUCAUUGUACUCUUUUUUUUUUUAAUUAUAUUGGCUAAUUCCCACAGAGUAGUAUGACCUAGUAAAGAAAACACAUUCCAGACAGCAAUAUCCCCGCCCCUUCAGAAUGUAGGCACUACUUUUCACCUCCAGGACUCGAGUCUAACUAAAUGGUUUUUCCCUGAAUCCAGUUAGCUGGAUUCAAGGAAACCAGUUGUUCAGGUAUUCCAGUUGCUCACACUCCAACAGUACAUGAAAUUCUAAAAAUCACUUGAUUCCUCUCACUCUCAUCUAACACAUUCAUGCAGACAUGCUAGAUGCUCAAAUUUUUACCACUUAACAUAUCUUUCAUCCCUUCCUCCAACCCUUCUUGGUACUACCCCUACCUCUCCUUCAGAAUUUCAGUCUUGCUCUGUAACUCAUUUUUCUUAACUUUAGGAGCCAUUUUGUGCCAUAUGCUCUGCCUUACUGUAUUUAUUUUGACCUGACAUAUGUUGUUUUUAUUUUUGUAUUUCACUGUAUGUAUAUAUAUAAAGGCUAUUUUCAAG